AUGGAUAAGGAAUAUCCUUCUGCGGAGAAAGAUUGGGAUUUGAUUAUGGACAUAAUUGAAAAUAGUGACGUUUUCGACAUUAGUUGGAGUGGAGAUGAGGAUGACAGUGUACUACUUAUUGAAAGGCAAGCUCCAGAAAUAGUGAAACAUGUUGGAGCAGAUAAAUUGGGCGUGAAUGAUGUGUGUACAGACACCAUAUCUGAAGGUGAAGAUCAUGGAGAGGUGCUGCGGGGCGUGACCUUUACUAUUCCCGCCGGGCAGCUGGUGGCCAUUGUGGGCCCCUCUGGCUCGGGCAAGACAACCUGUUUGCGCCUCAUGAACGGCUUCUACGACCCACCGCAGGGAACAGUUGAGUUUUGUUGUCACCAGGGACUGCUCGUUCUUAAGGUCCGCGUGAGUGGCGUGGACAUCCGACACGUGACGGGGGCGUGGCUUCGAGCGCGCAUCGCCUUCGUGCAGCAGCAGACAACGCUAUUGGGUGCCACAGUGGCCGACGCCAUCCGCUUCGGCGUCGCCGGCAGUGACGCCGACGUCACGGAUGUAGCCAAGAUCGCUGGUGUCCACGACGUUAUUGAUCAGAUGCCAAAGAGGUACGCCACCCCGUUGUCGUCCAACAUUAGCGACGACGUGCGGAAGCGGCUGGCCAUCGCGCGGGCGCUGCUCACCAACCCAGACAUCCUGCUGCUGGACAGCUGCUUCUCCUCCAUGGCGCCAGAUGUCGAGGGCGCCCUGCUUAGCGCCAUAGCUGAGGCUCGGCCGGAGUGUACGGUGGUGGUGGUGACGUCUCGCCAGAAGACGCUGGAGUCGGCGUCGCACAUCGUUGUGCUGGAGUCCGGCGUGGCGGUGGAGGAGGGCUCGCUGGUGGAGUUGCUCAGGCAGCGCCAGUGGCUCUUCCAGGCUCUGCGCCGCGCCGCCGAGGCGCGAAGCGUCGACGCCGUUGAUGCUGAAGAGGACGACACCAUAGACGAAUUUGAGCCUGCAGCGUCAGAGCUGGGCCCCUGCCCCCUCCAAGCUGAGCACGUGCCCCACCGACGGCGGGCAAGCAGCGACCUGGGCGUCGAGGAGGUCGGCGUUCUUGCAGCACUAGGGCGCAGUGCCCGCCUCGAACUAAUAUCAGUUAAUCCGGUGGCAGAUAUCUAUAGGAGACUAGACUUCUAUACGAAGAUAUUCCUCAUAGCUGGUUGUUUGUCUGGGACAUCACUAAUUGUACAGGGCUACACAAUGGCGGCAGCUGGUUCACGGCUGACCAAGAGGUUGCGCCAGAGUCUGUUCGACGCGAUGCUGCACCAGGAGCUGACGUGGUUCGAGAAAGAGGAGAACGACAUCGAGAGCCUGUUGCACCUGCUCAGGGUUGACGCUGCCAACGUCCAGAAGGCUUCAGGAGAGCAGCUGGCGCUGGUGGUGCAGCUGUGCAGCGUGGUGUGGGCGAGCGCGCUGCUGUCGCUGUACUACAACUGGCAGCUGGGAGCUCUCACCUUGGGACUGGCUCCGCUACUGAUCUACGCAUUGCUCUACCUGUCCAAAACUGUCUCCAGGAGACCCUUCGACGAGCUCGAGGAACUCAACAAGGCAGAGGCUAUGCUGCGCGAGGCGCUGGGGGCGGUGCGCGUGGUGGUGAGCGACUGCGCGCAGCCGCUGGUGGCGGCGCAGCUGUCUGCCGAGCUGCGGCGCGCGCACGCCGCCGUGGCCGAGGCGCUGGGCUCGCGGCCGCUGGUGUACGGGCUGGCGCUCGCCACGCCCACCUUCGGCUACGCCGCCUGCGCCGCCCUGGGCGCCCACCUCUUCACCAACGGGCUCGUCUCCUACGAGGACGUCUUCCGGGUGCUGCAGUCGCUGAUUUUGGGCACGAUGCUGGCAUCGCAGUUGGCCGCCCUGGCGCCAAACGUGCUGCGUGGGGAGCUGGCUGCCGCUCGAGUGAUGGGCCUCCUCUCCAAGCGCUCUCUCGCCUACAACGUCAACGCCGAGUUCCACACCAAAUGGAGUAUGCGAGGCAACAUCCGGUUCUACAAGGUGGGGUUCCGGCCGGGCCCGCCGCAGCUGCGCGAGUUCUCCCUGCAGCUGCGUGAAGGGCAGAGCGUGGCGCUGGUGGGGCCCCCGGGCUGCGGCCGCUCGCUGCCAGUGCCUCUGCUGCUCGGCUUCUACCGGCCCACCUCCGGCACGCUGGUCAGUCGCUCCUCUCGCCCUAACUCAACACCAAUACUACAAGUACACUUACCAAUGGGCAAGGAAGUUUUUGGUGGCACAUGGUUCACUUUACAAGAAGGUGGUGAUCCUUUCCUUUAUGAGCAGCAGCAGACGACAGCCAUAUCUUCUACUGAAAGUAGGGCCCAUCUAAUCCCUGCAACGUAG